ACAGCGAAGAUGGAGUCCAGCAACGCCAACUUUACAGUUUUUAUUCGAUUACCAUUCCCCCGCGGGGAUUUUAUAGACCCACCUCCAGUGGAGUGGGAUGCAACAAAGGACCAAGCAUUAUGGGAUGUCUUGUCCCGCCCAUCGAAGGGAAAGGACAUUGACUGUAAGAAUCUCCUGGCACUUCCCAAUCUCAACUCCAGCAUCAUCAUUCUCCAAACUAAUAGACACACAGGGAAAGCACUAGCGGAGCACUUCGAUGUGACUCUGCAAUUUCUUCUUCAACAGGCCGCUUGGCUCUAUGACCGACAGCUUUCGCAAGUCCGAGCUCAAAUGCGCAAGGUGCCCCCCGUUCAGCCGAGCACGCCGUCGCCCGUGCCAGAUUCUGUGUCUGGGAGUGCGGCGCUAACAGUGCAGGCGCAACGACAAUUGCCAGGGGUGGGAGAGGGACUCCCCCCACGAAGGUACGGCUUGCUUUAUGCUCAUAGCGACCUGACAAUCCUCGAUCCUAACCUCCCAACAGCCUCUGAAGACCGCCGUGCGAGCUCUACAUCCACAGCAACUCUGAAUCAGUUUCGUCACUCGCGUGACUCUUCACGCCAUGAACCUGUCCAAGGCACUGAGCGGCGAUGGGAAAACUUUGUGCGUCGCCCAUCUGGGGCGCGGCGGGAACCGCCGUCGUCCUCGUCGCACGUGCGGUCACCACCUCUUGCAGAACAAGAACCAAGCUCGAGCUCGACCGACCCCGAUUCUGAGUCAGAUGUGGAGUCCAGCCGGGGACUGCCACGGUUCAAAAAAUUUGGGAAAUUCUCCAUGCAACGUGCGGGUCUAUCUGAUGCCGAGGAUGAGGACGAAGAUGAUGUUCCAGCGUUUCUUCCUAUGGCGAGAGACAAGACCUCGUCCAUGCGAGGUCAAUCGGACGAGAAACUUAGCACGACGAUUCGGGACAACGAAAAGCCGCUUCCAUACAGACCGAGCAAGGGCGAGCGGACUGAUCGAAAGCCCAAACCAAGCACCGAAUCAUUCAACAGCUCGAUCAGCUCCGGCACCCCGGCAAGCUUAUCGACCAGUGACCGCCAGGGGCUCGGGCAACUUCCCAGUGCAUUGAGCCCCCAUCGUGUUGGAGAGCCUCCGCGUCAAAGCCCUCGGAAAUCCGCAGCAUCCGGCCGCGAAGCCAGCGAUGGUACCCCUAGCAUGGGAAGCAGCUUCAGUGAUCUAGACGAUGCCAGUGUCACACAGUCUGCCCUCGAGGAAGCGCUCAUGAGCAAUAUGCAGCAUGGAGGCAUGGCGAGCCGAAUGAGCACCAUCAGUCAAGCUUUGCGAAGCCGCUACCUACAAUAA